UCUAUUACAGAACGGCAUGUCCGACCCACCCAUUUUAUCGGCAGUUCAUACAAGUAGGCAAUUUCUCCCCAGCUUCACAUCGUCGAUCUGUCCUGCAACUUCAAACCUUGAACAUCUAAGCAACUGUCAAUGGUGAUCACUCUAUUCUUUCCUCAAAAUCUCAAUCAUCCAAGAGCUAAUUGACCCCAAAGUCUUCUCUGAUCUAUCCACAAGCUCUUUCAUCCGUAGGCUCCUCCAUCUAAACCUCUCACACCUACCGAAUCUAAAAUUCUCCAAACUCGACCCUGUCAUGGCUUUCCCAAACCGCCUUCUCAGCCCUUCAACAUGGCGCCACGUUGGCCUUGGCCUCACAACCACCGUCUUCGCCCUGGGAGGCUUGGCCAUUCUUGCACCUCCCGUUGCUGCAGAAUCUCUUGGGGUCACGCCUACCACACCAGAAGGCCGGACCAUAACCGAAAAAGCAAUGGUAUUCCUAGGUAUACGAGACUUGGCGGCUGCAGUAGCGCUGUUUUGGUUCUAUCACGACGGAAAGACGCAAGAGAUGGGAGUUUUGACAACGGCGUGGACUCUCGUAUGCGUGACGGAUACAUGGGUUGCGACGCAGGGGCCGAGAGGAUGGGAUAAGGGAAUUUGGACAUUGUGUGGAGGAGCGGUAGUGGUUGCGUUUGUGGGGUUGGGACUAUUGCAGUCGUGAAGGGUUGUGAGGGCUGGAGAUUGCCUGCGGUAGUGCAAAUAUCCCCAAGGAGACGCUGUAAAUUGGAUUCCGUAUAUCAUCAAAGUUACAGUCUCUAAAUUAACCGUCAUUUAGGCGAUUAUAAAAAUAACAUUUCCAAGUAGAGGAAAGUUUCUGCUAGGAUUUCCCACAGAUAUCAAAUGCCUCCCGCUCUGCAGCUUCCAUUCUUGUGCUAUCUUAUCACACGUCGAUAGGUCUCGUCUGUUCAAUUUGAAUUCAACUAUCCUUGUCUCGCCGAUUUUGAU